GUGAGGGGUACGAGGAGCCCAGGCUGACCUGCUGGUUCGGAGAGUUGCCGUACACGUACGCUCGCUCCACCAUGGACGCUAACACACAGUGGCACCCCUUGCUGUUGACGCUGCGCGGCGCCGUGCAGCAGGCGAGCGGCUGCAGCUUCAACUCUCUGCUCUGUAACUUGUAUCGGAACUGCCACGACAGCAUCGGCUGGCACAGUGACGACGAGGCCUCGCUGGGCAACAAGCCCACCAUCGCCUCCCUCAGUCUGGGUGACACGCGAGUGUUCAGCCUCCGCAAACAGCCUGCACCGGAGGAGAAUGGCGACUACACCUAUGUGGAGAGGAUUCGGGUUCCUCUGAGUCACGGGACGCUGCUGCUGAUGGACGAAGCCACACAAGAUGAUUGGCAGCAUCAAGUGGGUAAAGAGUACCACGACCGAGGGCCGCGCAUCAACCUGACCUUCAGAACCAUCUUCCCCGAGCCGGAGGGCCACAGGCCGGGGACCAAGCUGAGGUUCACACCCAACCUACCAUAGAUAGCCAGGUACUAAAGGCUGAGGGAACUGUCUAGAAGUUAUUCUGCUAAAAAUACCGAUCCUCACAAUUCUAGAUCAGAUCCAGUGUGAACAAGACUUGCAUCUCAUGAAGGGUGGAGAGAUGGUGUAGUGUGUGAACGUCUCUGUCCCCCUCAGUGAGCUUGAAUCAACACAUUGUAAACACUUUUCUGAGUUACAGUAUGACUAAGAGUUCAAACAGGAUUUGCAUAAUUGAACUCUAAUAACACUGCAGUCGUGACCAAUGUUCCUUUAUCAGAUAUGAGCGUCAGGGAAGCUAAGCAGGUAAAUGGGUGAUAAUGAAGGUCUACAGGCUGGAUAAAAUGUCAGCUUUGCUUAAAACUUUAUUUAUUUGUUCAGCACAGACGGUUGUUUCUGUUUAAGCAAUUUGAUCAAAUCUUUGGUUAGUUCGCCAGACUUUAAUUCGGACCCAAAUGACUUGCUCAUGUCUUUUGACAAAGUGUCCCACUGACUGCACAGAAAGUCACUGUUGACCUCAAAUGUCAAACACUUCCUGCCUUGUUUAUCUCCAGGAGCUUUUGGCGGAGAACAUAGUUGCUAUUAAAAGGGAAGGAACAAGUAAAGUGGCCACUUAAGGCAAUUAAAACUCCAUCACGACUGGAAUGAGUUAAUUGUACUGUUGAACACGAUUUGUCCCUCAAAGAGGUGAUUCAGGUUUUCUGUAACCCCAUGUAUAUUUUAAAGAAGCACAUUUGUUAGAGUUAAUCUAAGGUGGUAACCCAAGUGUUUUAAGAUGGCAUAAGUUCAAGUUCUCAAGUAGCAAAACAUGCAUUUUCAACAGAAUAUCAGUAUAUACUUAAGUUUUCAGUUCAUACACAAUUUAAAACAUGAAAAGAUAACAAAUAAUAUACACAGCAGGAAAAGGAAAAUGAUCUUAAAGUGUCAUAAUGUUAAAGAGAACACAAUAUACAGAAUAUAAUGUGACUUUAUAAUGGUAAAGGAAUACUAUGUGUAUGAAAUGUAUACUUAAAGACAUGAAACAAUGGAUAACCAGUCCAAAUGCAUGCCUACAGUAAUGUAUGCCUUUUAACUAAAUAAAGAAGGCUUUGCAUAUACUACCAUCAACCUAGUGACACGUUAACUACUGUAGUAAAAGCACAGAAGAAUCCCACAGCCAUAAAGGGGUUUGAACAACCUGAAAUAAACAUGAUAAAUUAACGGGACCUACUAGUGUUCUUGGCAAAGUCACCAACCCAGUUCAAAUGUGAAGCGUUUAGUCACACAUUCAUAAUUUUCAGUUUGACGUACAGUAAGGGGCUUUUUGUUUUCUGGAUAAGUUCCAUGUGGAUUUUGUUCAAGCAUUAAAUAACUAUUGUAAUAAAGAAAGCUAAUUAAGUUCCUUUCCAAUAGGACAUUGUUAUGGGAACUCAGGAACGUAUAUUUUGAAGGGGGUACGUGUUGCUUUAACACUGAAUAAAUCCACCUCCUGGUUAUUAGUUGUCUGCUGUUUUGAAAUAAACCAUUACUUCUCUGACA